CCCCCGCCAGGUGGCGGUGUUUUUCUGUUUGUAAGCUAGGCUACGUGCAGGCGCCUCUCUGAGCGCACAGCAGCGGGACCUGAUCAUUCAACCCUGGUGUGGAGGCAGAGACACUGUGGACUGGACCAUCUGGUUUUUUUUAAAGGAAUGCGCCUCCUGGAUUUUAAUCAACGCUUAAGUUGCCAAUGCUUCCUCUGAAUGCGAUGGGCUGGUGUGCAGUUUGAACUCCGAGGACACCGAGGCAUGCCGAGGGCCAGCAUGACAGCGGUACGAGGAGCCCACUCACCCGGUGUCUCACCGAAACAGAACGGACACACGGCGCCGAGCCCCGCGCAGCCCGGCGCCAACUUUCCCGAUCUCCCAGCGGGGAGCGCACCCGAAGACGCCCCGGUGUCUUCCACCGGCGAGCUGACCCAGACCUGGGUCCACUUCGCCAAGACGUUCGUUCUGAUCUUCCCCAUCUACGCCCUGGGCUAUUUCGAGUUCAGCUUCAGUUGGCUGCUGAUUGGACUUGUUGUGUUUUUCUGGUGGAGGAGGAACACAGGGGGGAAGCUCAGCAGACUCAGCCGGGCUCUGGCUUUCUUCGAGCAGGAGGAGAGAGGAGCCAAGCGGAGUCUGACGACCUCUGAUUUACCACCAUGGGUGCACUUCCCAGACGUGGAGCGAGUGGAGUGGCUCAACAAGACAGUGAAACAGAUGUGGCCCUACAUCUGCCAGUUUGUGGAGAAGCUGUUCCUCGAGACGAUCGAGCCGGCAGUGAAGGAGUCCAACGCCCACCUCAGCACCUUGUGCUUCAGCAAAAUCGACAUAGGAGAAAAACCACUGAGGGUCAACGGGGUCAAGGUUUAUACAGAGAAUGUGGAUAAGCGACAGAUCAUCAUGGAUCUACAGAUAAGCUUUGUUGGUAACACGGAGAUUGAUGUGGACAUCAAACGUUACUACUGCAAAGCUGGAAUCAAGAGCAUCCAGAUCCACGGCGUGUUGAGAGUGGUCAUGGAGCCGUUGAUUGGCGACAUGCCUCUUGUCGGAGCUCUGUCUCUGUUCUUCCUCAAGAAGCCACUUCUGGACAUAAACUGGACCGGCCUCACUAAUCUACUGGACAUUCCAGGGCUCAAUGGCCUCUCUGACAGUCUCAUUCAAGAUAUAAUCUACAGUUAUUUAGUUUUACCCAACCGUGUCACCAUCCCUCUGGUCGGGGAUGUGGAACUCGCCAAGCUGCGCUUCCCUAUGCCAAAGGGAGUCCUGAGGAUCCACUUCUUGGAGGCUCAGGAUCUGGAAGGGAAGGAUAAAUUUCUGGGAGGGCUGAUCAAGGGCAAAUCCGACCCUUACGGCAUCGUGCAUAUUGGCAACCAGCAGUUCCGGAGCAAAACGGUCAAGGAGAGCCUCCAUCCCAAAUGGAAUGAAGUUUACGAGGCACUGGUUUACGAGUACUCAGGUCAACAUCUUGAGAUCGAGCUGUUUGAUGAAGAUCCGGACAAAGACGACUUCCUGGGAAGCCUCAUGAUCGAUAUGACUGAGCUACACAAAGAACAGAAGGUUGAUGAGUGGUUUGACCUGGAAGAAGCUCCCACGGGGAAGCUCCACUUAAAACUGGAGUGGCUGUCUCUGCUCUCCACUACUGAGAAGUUGGACCAGGUGUUGCGGAGUGUGCGGGCAGACAGAAGCCUGGCCAAUGACGGGCUGUCGUCAGCACUGCUGGUGGUCUAUCUGGACUCAGCAAAGAACCUCCCAAGUGUUUAUCAAGAUGGACGACUUGCCAGCUGCCUAAAAGUGAAGCCAAAUCAUCUGGAUCGCCCUCUGGUGGCAGGUUGCAGUUCAGGUCAUAAACUCCGCCUCCUCCAUCAGGCUGGGAAGAAGAGCAGCUCCGAGCCCAGCCCAUACGUCCAGUUCACUGUUGGACACAAGUCACAGGAGAGUAAGAUCCGCUACAAGACCAAGGAGCCUCUGUGGGAAGAUUGUCUCUCAUUCCUCGUCCACAAUCCCAGGAGGCAGGAGCUGGAAGUGGAGGUAAAGGAUGACAAGCACAAAUGCACGCUGGGUAACUUGACGGUGCCUUUGAGCAGCCUCUUGGUGGAGGAGGACAUGACGCUGACUCAGUGCUUUCCUCUCAAGAACUCGGGGCCCAGCUCCACCAUCAAACUGAAAAUGGCUCUAAGGAUCCUGUCCCUUGAGAAACAGGUUUCCUCCGACCAGCCGUCCUCCGUUCGGGUGAGGAAAUCCAGCGUGCCGCUGCCACAGCCACAGCCGACCACGGCCCCCAUCCAAAGACGCUCGACCUCAGACUCCCCGCUGCCUCCGCCCACACCUCCCCCACCCCCUGUGAACACUUCCACCCUCACCCUGCAGCACAGGGACGGCGAGCCGUACGCCGCCAGCCCUCGUCGCAGCGUCUCCAACCUGAGCACCUGCAUGUCGAGUUCCCAGAAACACCUGCCUCACAACGAGUCCACACCGAGCCUGGCCUCGGAUAUCUCUCUGCCCUUCGCCACGUUGGAGCUGCAGCAACGGCUUCGUCAGCUGCAGAACGGCUCGGCCGUUGGCCAGCACCCCCUGGGUGAGGUCCAGCUGACUGUUCAACACAACUCCCAGAGGAACAAGCUCAUUGUGGUGGUGCACGCCUCCCGUAAUCUGAUAGCCUUCACCAAAGAUGGCUCCGAUCCCUUCAUCCGGCUAUAUCUGCUGCCUGACAAGAGCCGGACUGGGAGGAGGAAGACCAGCACAAUGAAGAGGACCCUUAACCCUGUUUACGAUCAAACGUUUGAGUUUAGUGUAUCUAUGGUGGAGCUGCACAAGAGAACUCUGGAUGUCGCAGUGAAGAACGGAGGAAGCAUCCUGUCCAAACACAAAGGGCUCUUAGGAAAGGUGUUGGUAGAUUUAGGUGGGGAGGAUGUAGCAAGAGGAUGGAAGCAAUGGUAUAGUUUAAGUGAAGACGGAUCAUCAUCUCAAGUCAUAACAAGCAUUCAAGACCCUCUCCUCACAUUGUGAAACCAUGUUUCUGCUGUAGUGUAGUGAUCUUGUUAAUCCAAGGGCACAUUAUUUUUAUUUUUCAUAUAAUUUACAGGAUGUUUUUUCAGCAUGUUUGUUUAUGAACAUUCUCUAUAAAUAUUUCAUGAGUGAUGAUUUGAAGAUAUUUUCACAUAUUGUAAUGAAACUCACAAACUGACACGCCUCUAUUGUCAGUGUUUUAUGUAAAUAUAACGUUGCUAAUACAGUUACAAGGACUGGCAGGGGUUUUCAUAACGUUAUGUUUCCUUAAAGGAAAUGAUGUGGAAAUCCGUCAAAACUGUUUUUGCUUUUUGUCCGUAGUUUUAUUUAAAUGGGACAAAUUUGUCGUGUGAGAAAACUCUUUCCAAAGGAACAGAAUCAAUCACAAAAGUAGCAGUUUUGACUUUUAUAUAUAUUUUUUGUCAUGAAGUGUUAUUUGAUUGUUUAUCUCUUAUCCGUCUUUAUGCUUGAUUACAAACAUGGAAUGCAGAUAUGCAAAGAAUUAAAAAAAAAAAAAAGAUUGCUCUGUGUAUUUUAAGAGGACUUUGUGCAAUACUGUUUGUUUGAGAUAUACUGAGGAGCUGGUGGCAUCUUAGGGCUAUGAACAAGUUCUGUAUAAUACGAAUGAAGGAUACUUGAAAAAUACUUUGAUUGUUGUUCAAACAAAAUGAGCAAACUGAGACAAUGAUUUUCAUUUUCUGAGCCGGGCUGACUGAUGUUAAUGUUUUGCCACGCAGUUGUAACUGUUUGUUGGAGCUUUUAAAUCUUUUCUUGUUCUCUAUCCUGUGCCUUAAAAACCCACUAUGUAAUUUAUUGGCCUUCUUAAUUUCAUUAUUCUGAAUGACUGGUGCCUCAUGGCUUUUGAAGAAUA